UUGAAAUGCCCUACGUGCGGGAAAAAUUACAAGAGACGAGCCUGGUACAUUAAACACCUAAAAACACAUAAUGGUGUUGAAGCGCGACAAUCGUUGGUAAGUUCUUCAAUUAUCACUUCGGAUAGAGUUGACCCUCACGUAUCCCAUGGUGAACCAUUAACUGGAAACCACCAGGAGUCCAUUAACAUCCGGACACGUCUUAGCAUUCCUAACAUGAAACAAUCGACUUGGAAAGUUCACGACGACAAUUUAGCGGUCCUGUUAGAGCAUCCGGGCUCGAAGCAGGAAUUGAACUCGCAGGUAGAAACUUUCCAAAAUACCGUUUAUGACUACUUCAACGAGCAAUAUCCACCACGUAAUCAUUACGCUCGCAAAAAUAAAGAAAAUUCGUUCAAGAUAAAAAUGAGGAAGAAAAAACGGGAAUUAAUAAAAAAUCUACGUAUAGCCAAAGCUCUAGGCGACAACCACCUUAGUCAUCAGCUAGCUAGGGCGUUAAGGUCAAUCCUUAAAUUAAUUCAAGGAAUAUCGGCACAAACUGCAGAAUAUCGCGGUAAUUUUGACCGGGCCAAACAGGAAGUAGAUUUUGAUAAAAACCCUUUUGAGUAUUCGAAAACCAUUUUUAAGAAAGAACGCGGACAGCUUCUCUUGACCAACGAUCAAAUUUACGACCAUUUCAAGAGCACAUACGAAGUGCCUAAAAGUGUAAGGCUCUAUACGGAUCCAAACGAACAAAAACCGGAAAUUCCUCAUAUCGAUUUUCACGGCAUACCACCAACGUUAGACGAAAUAAGUAGUCACAUAAAGAGGAAAUCAUCUAAAUCUGCACCGGGCCCCGAUGGUAUCCCAUAUAUAGUCUUUAAAAAAUGUCCAUCGGUUCGUAAACACCUCAUAAAUAUAUACGGCAAAAUCUGGUCAAGGAAGCAAAUCCCGGAGUGUUUCGGGAAAGCAAUUUUUGUCCUCAUUCCCAAAAAAGAUCGAGUUACCGAUCCGAAGGAUACUAGACCGAUAGCCUUAACAAAUACAAUUUCUAAAAUCUUUUUCUCGGUCCUACAAACGAGAAUGACGCGAUUCAUGCUCAGCAACAAGUAUUUUAGGCCAAAUCACCAGAAAGGGUUUCUACCCGGGAUUUCUGGAUGCCUAGAACACAACACCUUGCUGUCGGAGAGUUUGAAAGAUGCUAGAAAAAGCGAGCGGCAAAUUACAGUUUGUUGGAUAGACUUAGAGAACGCGUUCGGGUCGAUACAACACGAGUUGAUGCUAUUCGCGCUUAGAUGGUACAACUUUCCACCCCUAGUUAGAGAUAUGAUCGCGUCGUAUUACUCAAAAUUAAGGUUUUCUAUAAUAACUAAAGAAGGCCCUUCAAAAAGUUUGAGUUAUAAUGUAGGACUGUUUCAAGGUUGUUGUCUAUCUCCAAUUACGUUUAAUAUCGUUAUUAACAUCUUAGUAGACAAAUUAAUCUGUAACGAGAAAAAAUGGGGUUAUCGGUUUAAGUUUAAUAAUAAAUACACGGAAUCCAUUUUAGCCUUCGCUGACGAUCUCGCAAUACUGACACGUCACCCCAAACACUGUCAAGUACUAUUGGAUGAAGUGGAUAAAUUCUGUGAGUGGACGGAUGGAUUGAGGACAAAACCAAGUAAAUGUCACUGUUUGUGUCUUGGUAGGCGGAAUACAAGAUACACCUCAUACGAUCCGGGACUAUCGAUAGGCGGUCAAUGCGUUUCUACGGUUACGGAAGAUGCACCAUUCAAGUUUCUCGGUCGUAAGAUUGAUAAUAUAGGUCGUACUCCAUCUUUAGAAGGAAUAGUAGAUAGCUUUUUAAAUGAUCUUAACAAGGUAGAUAGCCAGCAGAUCAGUAACGUAAAAAAAGCAUGGAUCUACGAUAAUUAUUUAACUUCACGUUUGAAUUGGCCUUUCCUCGUCUAUGAUUUUAGUAAAACCCUUUUAUCUAAAUUAGAUGCAGGCGUCAUAAAGAUGUUGAAGUUGUGGCUCGGGCUCGCGCUAACGGCUGAUUCAUCGGCUUUAUUCAGGGAUCGUAAUAGUUUUGGGAUGAAUCUAAAAAGACCAUCGGAGCUCUACAAACACCUAAGAGUUUCCAAGAGACAUAUCCUGGGAAAAUCCCAUGAUGACGUCGUUACAUCACUCCCAAAAGACAAUGAUGCCCCAGAGCUAGAGUCACGACUUCAAUUCCAUAAACAAUUUAUGAUCGGAGCGCAAAAUAACAGAGUAGGGUUAGGAUCAAGUAGGAAAGUCCAAGAUGCGGAUAUAUUGAAGUCUUUUAUUCGGCAAGACGAGAACGAUAAAUACAAGAUCCAUGCAAUGAGUUUAGAAAUGCAGAACGAGUGGUUAGACAUAGGAGAUUUUUGCAUUCCACUAGCACUAAAAUGGCGCACCCUAAUUCAUGACUGGUCGCCAGCCUUGCUAAAAUUUUAUCUCAAUGCGUUCCAGAUGACUCUCCCAGAUCAGAGUAAUUUAGUAAGAUGGGGUAAAGGUACCGAAAAAACUUGCUAUAUCUGCGGAAAGGCAGUUGGAACUGCCAAGCAUUUGCUGGUGGGAUGUAAGGUUCUCCUGGACAGCGGUCAAUACUCGCGUCGUCACGAUAGGGUUUUAGAGAUCAUACGUGAAGCGGUUAGUCUUUCGGUAGCCAGAGCGCAAAGGGAAAUAACCACAAACGAGCGAUCAAUAGGAUUUGUGAGAGAGGGCACCAGGGCUAUAAAAUCAAACGUCAAGCCUUACUCUAUCCUUAAAGCGGCUUCGGAUUGGACUAUCAUGAUGGAUACGUAUGAGAAACAAUACAAAAUCCCCGAGGAUAUUUGUGCGUCGGCCUCCAGACCAGACAUAUUUCUAUAUUCGCGUAUUUUAAAGCGCGUUGUGAUGAUAGAGCUUACGGUGCCUUGGGAAACCAACAUCCCCAAAGACCAUGCCAUCAAGGUCAAUAAGUAUUACGAGCUCACUAACGAACUAACUCGAAAUAGGUUCGUCGUUGAUUUGUACGCGGUGGAGGUGGGAGCGAGAGGUAUAACAGCUAAAUCUCUCUAUAACCUACUAAAAGACUUGGGCCUGUCCAGAACUAACAUUAAUUCAUUCUUAGAACGUACGUCGAAGGCAGCCCUAGUAGGUUCUUUUCAAAUUUGGUUAGGUAGGGAGAGGAACUUGGACAGUGGAGGUGAGCGUAUAACGCGCGUUAUCCGAGAGGGGGGGCGGAAGAUCUGUCCACCGGUCGAUUUAAACGGCGAAAACGGCGCGAAUACGGACUUGAAAUGCCCUACGUGCGGGAAAAAUUACAAGAGACGAGCCUGGUACAUUAAACACCUAAAAACACAUAAUGGUGUUGAAGCGCGACAAUCGUUGGUAAGUUCUUCAAUUAUCACUUCGGAUAGAGUUGACCCUCACGUAUCCCAUGGUGAACCAUUAACUGGAAACCACCAGGAGUCCAUUAACAUCCGGACACGUCUUAGCAUUCCUAACAUGAAACAAUCGACUUGGAAAGUUCACGACGACAAUUUAGCGGUCCUGUUAGAGCAUCCGGGCUCGAAGCAGGAAUUGAACUCGCAGGUAGAAACUUUCCAAAAUACCGUUUAUGACUACUUCAACGAGCAAUAUCCACCACGUAAUCAUUACGCUCGCAAAAAUAAAGAAAAUUCGUUCAAGAUAAAAAAUGAGGAAGAAAAAAAACGGGAAUUAAUAAAAAAUCUACGUAUAGCCAAAGCUCUAGGCGACAACCACCUUAGUCAUCAGCUAGCUAGGGCGUUAAGGUCAAUCCUUAAAUUAAUUCAAGGAAUAUCGGCACAAACUGCAGAAUAUCGCGGUAAUUUUGACCGGGCCAAACAGGAAGUAGAUUUUGAUAAAAACCCUUUUGAGUAUUCGAAAACCAUUUUUAAGAAAGAACGCGGACAGCUUCUCUUGACCAACGAUCAAAUUUACGACCAUUUCAAGAGCACAUACGAAGUGCCUAAAAGUGUAAGGCUCUAUACGGAUCCAAACGAACAAAAACCGGAAAUUCCUCAUAUCGAUUUUCACGGCAUACCACCAACGUUAGACGAAAUAAGUAGUCACAUAAAGAGGAAAUCAUCUAAAUCUGCACCGGGCCCCGAUGGUAUCCCAUAUAUAGUCUUUAAAAAAUGUCCAUCGGUUCGUAAACACCUCAUAAAUAUAUACGGCAAAAUCUGGUCAAGGAAGCAAAUCCCGGAGUGUUUCGGGAAAGCAAUUUUUGUCCUCAUUCCCAAAAAAGAUCGAGUUACCGAUCCGAAGGAUACUAGACCGAUAGCCUUAACAAAUACAAUUUCUAAAAUCUUUUUCUCGGUCCUACAAACGAGAAUGACGCGAUUCAUGCUCAGCAACAAGUAUUUUAGGCCAAAUCACCAGAAAGGGUUUCUACCCGGGAUUUCUGGAUGCCUAGAACACAACACCUUGCUGUCGGAGAGUUUGAAAGAUGCUAGAAAAAGCGAGCGGCAAAUUACAGUUUGUUGGAUAGACUUAGAGAACGCGUUCGGGUCGAUACAACACGAGUUGAUGCUAUUCGCGCUUAGAUGGUACAACUUUCCACCCCUAGUUAGAGAUAUGAUCGCGUCGUAUUACUCAAAAUUAAGGUUUUCUAUAAUAACUAAAGAAGGCCCUUCAAAAAGUUUGAGUUAUAAUGUAGGACUGUUUCAAGGUUGUUGUCUAUCUCCAAUUACGUUUAAUAUCGUUAUUAACAUCUUAGUAGACAAAUUAAUCUGUAACGAGAAAAAAUGGGGUUAUCGGUUUAAGUUUAAUAAUAAAUACACGGAAUCCAUUUUAGCCUUCGCUGACGAUCUCGCAAUACUGACACGUCACCCCAAACACUGUCAAGUACUAUUGGAUGAAGUGGAUAAAUUCUGUGAGUGGACGGAUGGAUUGAGGACAAAACCAAGUAAAUGUCACUGUUUGUGUCUUGGUAGGCGGAAUACAAGAUACACCUCAUACGAUCCGGGACUAUCGAUAGGCGGUCAAUGCGUUUCUACGGUUACGGAAGAUGCACCAUUCAAGUUUCUCGGUCGUAAGAUUGAUAAUAUAGGUCGUACUCCAUCUUUAGAAGGAAUAGUAGAUAGCUUUUUAAAUGAUCUUAACAAGGUAGAUAGCCAGCAGAUCAGUAACGUAAAAAAAGCAUGGAUCUACGAUAAUUAUUUAACUUCACGUUUGAAUUGGCCUUUCCUCGUCUAUGAUUUUAGUAAAACCCUUUUAUCUAAAUUAGAUGCAGGCGUCAUAAAGAUGUUGAAGUUGUGGCUCGGGCUCGCGCUAACGGCUGAUUCAUCGGCUUUAUUCAGGGAUCGUAAUAGUUUUGGGAUGAAUCUAAAAAGACCAUCGGAGCUCUACAAACACCUAAGAGUUUCCAAGAGACAUAUCCUGGGAAAAUCCCAUGAUGACGUCGUUACAUCACUCCCAAAAGACAAUGAUGCCCCAGAGCUAGAGUCACGACUUCAAUUCCAUAAACAAUUUAUGAUCGGAGCGCAAAAUAACAGAGUAGGGUUAGGAUCAAGUAGGAAAGUCCAAGAUGCGGAUAUAUUGAAGUCUUUUAUUCGGCAAGACGAGAACGAUAAAUACAAGAUCCAUGCAAUGAGUUUAGAAAUGCAGAACGAGUGGUUAGACAUAGGAGAUUUUUGCAUUCCACUAGCACUAAAAUGGCGCACCCUAAUUCAUGACUGGUCGCCAGCCUUGCUAAAAUUUUAUCUCAAUGCGUUCCAGAUGACUCUCCCAGAUCAGAGUAAUUUAGUAAGAUGGGGUAAAGGUACCGAAAAAACUUGCUAUAUCUGCGGAAAGGCAGUUGGAACUGCCAAGCAUUUGCUGGUGGGAUGUAAGGUUCUCCUGGACAGCGGUCAAUACUCGCGUCGUCACGAUAGGGUUUUAGAGAUCAUACGUGAAGCGGUUAGUCUUUCGGUAGCCAGAGCGCAAAGGGAAAUAACCACAAACGAGCGAUCAAUAGGAUUUGUGAGAGAGGGCACCAGGGCUAUAAAAUCAAACGUCAAGCCUUACUCUAUCCUUAAAGCGGCUUCGGAUUGGACUAUCAUGAUGGAUACGUAUGAGAAACAAUACAAAAUCCCCGAGGAUAUUUGUGCGUCGGCCUCCAGACCAGACAUAUUUCUAUAUUCGCGUAUUUUAAAGCGCGUUGUGAUGAUAGAGCUUACGGUGCCUUGGGAAACCAACAUCCCCAAAGACCAUGCCAUCAAGGUCAAUAAGUAUUACGAGCUCACUAACGAACUAACUCGAAAUAGGUUCGUCGUUGAUUUGUACGCGGUGGAGGUGGGAGCGAGAGGUAUAACAGCUAAAUCUCUCUAUAACCUACUAAAAGACUUGGGCCUGUCCAGAACUAACAUUAAUUCAUUCUUAGAACGUACGUCGAAGGCAGCCCUAGUAGGUUCUUUUCAAAUUUGGUUAGGUAGGGAGAGGAACUUGGACAGUGGAGGUGAGCGUAUAACGCGCGUUACCUAA